UUCUUAAAAGCAGUGAAAUUCAACUGAAGUUGUUAAGAAAUUCGUAAUGUCUUUUUGUACAAUGAAUUUUACUAAUAAUUACUAAAAGAAAUUUCCAUUAAAAAAAAAGAAAAAGAAAAUGAAGAAAUCUUUUCAAAAAAGGACACCGACGGUAUCAAAAGAUAAUAUUAUCGAGAAGAAACCUUUCGGGUUUUGUUGCAAUAAGAAAAAUUUAGAUCCUCGAACUCUUUAUAAUAAACGACCACCACCUUUUAAAGGCUCUUUGACUGACGUAGUUGUCGGAAGUGGUGGUCCAAGUUUAAAAUUUCGUAUUCAAGAUGUCUCUCGAUUACCUUUUCCGAUUCAACGUAUUAUGUCUAGAACAAGGGGUAUACCUUUUCUUGGUAAUUGCAAACGUUGUCGUAAACCAUUGCGUUGGUAUUUAGAAGAUGAAAUCGCACUUGCUCGAGACAUUUUUGCUCGAGAAAGACAAAACCAAUAUAACUUCGAAAUAGAUAAAAAUGUCGAAAUAGCGAAACGUAAAGAAAAAUGGCGUAAAGAUCGUAAGGCAAAACGUAAAAUGAUGGGAAAAAUAUAAAAAAACGUAUUUUAAAAUUGACUCUUAAAAAAAUUGUAUAUUGAAGAUUUUAAUUUCUAACUUAUUUUCCUAACUCAUUUUUAU